GCUGGACAAUUCAAAUUUCACCGCGUUCGUGUCAUUUGCUAGCUAGGCUAGCUAUUCGGAGUUGUGACAUUUGCGUCUCAGGAAUUAAAAAAGCAAUUUUCUCGCAACAGUCUUUUCAAGAUGACAUCAAGGAAAAGUGAAACACUGGCCUCAUCCCUCAUCUCUGGCAUAAAUAUGGCCAUGGCACAGCUGGUGGACAUAUGGGAUGGCAUUGGCAUCAUGGAGGAGCAGAGAGUUGAACGGAUGUUGACCGUUAAGAAGCACAUAGAGGAUCUUUUGAGGGAUAUGAUCACAGAAGAGGAGUCCCUGAGGCACAGAAUCAAAUCAAGCAUUGUAAUCUCACAGAAGCAGCUUGAGGCGAUAUGUGAGGAAAUGAAGGAAGGCCCGUAUAAGCUGGAAGAGGGCCUGACCAUCCUGCAGACGGAGAAGAACCUGCGUUAUCGUCUGGAGGCACUGCAGAAGGAGAAGAAUGACCGCCUGAGGGAUCUGAAGGCUCUGCAGCUAGAGGACGAGGAGUUGUGUGUCCAGCUCUGUUCUACACCCUACUACGUGCCGUCCAAUACCGUGCCCUCCUACGAGCAGCUGAAGGCCCUGCGGGAGCACAUCCAGGACCUCACUGCUGAGAGGAGGAGCAGGCUGGCUGUGUUCACAGCGCUCCGUAAAGACAUCGCACUUCUGGCCAGUGAGAUGGGGCACGACCCAGAGACCAGUCUGGAGAGGGAGGCCGUGAGUGAUGACCCAGAUGUGUUCCUGCUGACUCACGACAAUAUCAAAGCUCUUCAGCUGCUGGUUGGGCAGGGGGUGAAGAAGGGGUCUUUGAUUUUAACUCGAGACAAGCUGAAGGAACGAGCCAUGAGCCUGUGGAGUCGUUUAGAUUGCCCUGAGAAAGAUGGCGGAUUCCCUCUGGACACUCAAGGGACCCUCACUAAUGACAUUUCACGGUGGCAGAAUGAGGUAGACCGUCUGCAGGAGCUGCAGAAAGCCCGUCUGGAGGACGUCAUCGAGAAGGCCCGGCUGGAGCUGAUGGACAUGUGGGACAAGUGCCUGUUUGGACCAGAGCAGAGGGAGGCCUUCAACUGCUACUUCUGUGACGUUAAUUACACCGAGGAACUUCUGCUGUUGCACGACGCUGAGCUGGUGAAACUGAAGGAGUACCAAGAAAAAACUCGCCCCCUCCUGGAAGCUCUGGAGAAGUGGGAGAAGAACUGGGUCCUCUUUCAGGACUUUGAGAGGAAGGCAUCUGAUCCGAGCCGAUUCUCCAACAGAGGAGGAGCGCUGCUGAAGGAGACCAAGGAGAGAACCAAGGUCCAGAAGAUGCUCCCAAAGCUUGAAGAGGAGAUGAAGGGAGCAGUGGAUGCCUGGGAAAAGAGUCAGGGUUCGGCGUUCCUGGUGCGAGGACUCAAGCUCAUGGACUACAUCUCCGUUCAGAGAGAGGAGUACAAACAGCAGAAGGACAAGGAGAAGAAUGAGCGGAUGACCAAGAAGACGGAGAACACUCCCUUUAAGACUCCCACCAAAAGGCCCCCAACAGGCGCAUCUGGAGCCACCCCCAACAAGACCAGAAAGACGCCCAAUCAGACGGUGUUGCGCAGUGCCAGUGUAAGCACCCUCAGCAGUGCUUCAUCUACUUACCUGUCUGUGCCCUCAGGGAAGCCUCCAGUGGGCUCCGCCAAGAAAAACAAGAUUGAAACCAGCCUCAGAACACCUCUUCAGGUGUUCAACUGCACAGCUGAGCAAAUACCUGGCAUCACCUACUCAGACUUCACGAGUGAACUCUCUAAGAAGGCCAGUCAAGAAGCCGUACUCAACAGCACCGUACUGCUGGAUGUGGAGAAGGGGAACUAG